AUGAAUUCUCUUCGUAAGAGCGUCGUAAGGCUUGUGGUAAUUCUUUACGUCUUGGUGGAAUGUUUAGGAUUCGACGGAUCUUGUUGCCAGCAUGGAUGUAUAAACACUCUAGGAGGAAUUCGUUGUAUCUGUAGAAGAGGAUUCAGGCUUGUGAAUCGCUGCCAAUGCAGAGGUAAGCUGUAUAAUAAGUGAUUUCGAAAUUUCACUUCUUGUAAUAUGCUUUAGAGUAGGAAAGUGUUUGAAAAAGUGCCACAUUGCCAAGCAUUAUGAACACUUACAUUGCUGACUUCGGAAAAACAUUAAGAACAACCUAUUUUGCGUGCUAAACUCUGUCAACAGAAUAUUUCUUUGACCCAAUCAUGAAUGUCUACUCGUGUCUCAGUGUAGUGCGGACAUCUUCCGUUUGUUCUCCUCGAUGGCAACUUGAGACACUAAGUCGGUUUUCCUUGUUCUAAUUGAGCAUCGGAUAAAAAUAAAGACUCCACGCUUCUUUAAAUUCAUUUUUUUAAGCACUUUAAAGGAACGGAAAACGUGAUUGUUUUGAUUAAUUAUUAGUAGCGUUGAACUGACAUCUCAGUAAACCGCAAGCAUAAAAUAGCAGGGGGCUUAAUUUCGCGCGCGAUAAGUCAAAUUGUCAGUAGAUCAUAUUAUUCUUGCGGCAAUCGUUCUUGAAAGUUAUAAAACCGUGAUGAUAACAAGACAUGACAAGCUAUGAAUUGAGUAUAGCUAUAUAAGUCGCGAUAAGAUUGUCUCCACAACGCCAAUUUAUCGUUCAUAUUAUCAACUAUUGAUUGAAAAGAGGAGUUUUUCGACUGUGAUCUCAAGCGAAGUCCAUUUCCACAACUCGAGUCAAUAUUUCAAGAAUCAUCUGAUACAAUACAGGAAUGUCUUUAACUGAAGCUAUGUGGAAUUGUAAUAAUUAUUUCUACAUGUUUGCCCUUUAGGCGUUUUAAGAAACAUUAGACCUUUCAUGAGGGAAUUCUUCCCUGUUCUCUGUCAAAAGAUCUUUCUGCAGGUAGCGUUAUCCCGUGAUUAUCUUGCUUAAGAUAAUUACCUUAAGGAUUACGAGGCUCCUGAGGUUACAGCGUAUAAUCUCUUCGCAGCUGUAACUUAUCUGACAUAGAAUUUCAGCUUGAUAUACUGAAGUCAUGACUUGUAUCAGCUGCACACGACCUGGUCUCUGGUCUCGCAUGAGUAAAAUCAAAAUGGGAGGAAAUAGGAGAUUCACUGAAAAUCAAAGCUAACUUGGUGCCAACCAAUGAAACUUCGAGGCUUGCGCUGCCUCGAGGAAGGCUACUUACGCUCUUUUUUUUUUCCUUAAAAAAAAAAGACUUCACCACUUGAAAUUAGUCUUUUUCAGAGCUAGUAUUUCUCUGCUUCGUGCAGUUACUUGCUCUUUGAAGUUUCUCUGUAUACAGUAAUGUUUCUAGGUGUUUGGUGUGACAGGAUGCCAAAGAGGAAAUUCUGUCGGCCAUAUGUGCGCGUACAAACUACUUCUGAGUCAAAUCAAACCAUAAGAAGCUGACAGAUGGUUCUGCUUUCGCUCGAUGACAAUUACUUGUCGGUUUAUAAAAUCAAAUCCAUGCCAGUCGUCACACCAAGUUUGCUCAUUUGAGCGGAAGCUGGGUUUUGUUAAACGCAGUUGCUUGAAGUAAGGUCCUCCAAGACUCAAAACACGUGUUAUAUUGCCCCAAGCGUAGACGUUUGUAAACAGCUGUCGUGCUUCCUUCAUAGACUUGUACCCCAUUUUUCGACUCCAAAUUUGGUGCAAUAAAAAUGAACGUUAAUGAGAACUUAAACCCUUCGUAAAAUUCAGCUUUUCAGUUUUCUAAUGUUGAAUUUUGUUCAGGGAAACCUGGAUUGACUAAGCAUGUUUUGUUGGUGCGAACAGGGCAUUACAUAACGGACAUGGCUUCGAUUAACAGCCUCUUUUGAACUGUUUACAUUCGAGUGACUAAGAAAUCAUUUAGAACUUUUCCUCAUGUCAUGUCUCCCGUUUCAAGAGGGUUUAUAGAUUAUUUUAAAACUCAGGCAGCCGACGAAGGCUAGUGUUGUUAAAACUCUUAGAUAAAUGUUCUGUUGUUUAUAAUACUUUGUUUUCGUUCAUCAUGGGUAAGCCUUCGUCGAGAGAAAUACGAUAUGUUUAAGACAAACUCUGAAAAAACGUAAUUAUGUUGUGACUAAUUGAUGGUAUCUAUCAAAUUAUAAUUUCUUUUCAAAGCAAGUCUCCAUGGUCCGCCGUUGCGCUGUUGGAAUGAAAAAACGGGGGCUGUUUCAUUGAUCCAAGAGUUAACACUUUCUCGUGACUGAGAAGAAAAUAAAUGUACUCGUCGAUUAAUUUUGAUACUCUUUAGUCUUAAAGGAUUAAUUUCGACCUGACAAGUACGGCGACAUAGGCCAUCAGGACUCAAAGUUGAUACAGACCUUGACCAAACUAGAUUAGAAAUGAGACAUAAUUCAUAAUUCAAUCCCUGAAAGGGGGGGGGGGAGGUCGGGGGAUUUUUUUUUUUUUUGGUGGGUGCAAAGUUUUAAGGAGAACAAAGGGGGGAUCAGUCAACGGAGAAUAAAGGAGGGACUACGUAAAAUUGACGGCCAAUUAACCAAUUACAGGGGAUUACAAAAGCAUUACAUAGUCUUAUGAGGGGGGAGGGCAAAGAAGUACUCUUUACGACUUCUGAUAUAACCUCGAUACAACCUUGGGGGCUGGGGUGAGUUCCAUGAUGCUCGCAGCAAAACGGAUCCAACUAGAUCACAAUGAAAAAAGAAAGCUACGUGGAAUCAUUUCUUUAAGAACUUUUCUGCUCAUUAUGAAAACCUUAUUAUGUAAACAUUUGUCCCCUGACAGUCAGAAGUAUCCUUCGCUCAUGAAACUCAGUUCACUGUGAUUGGCAGGUUCUGGAGAACAUUAUGUUUCAAACGUGAGCACUGAACACUGAACAUGAUUCAUUGUUUUCGAAGUCUUUGUUAUUUGUGUUUCAUAAAUAACAUUUUCUGAUCUUCUUCAGUCCUGACAAGCUUUCUUGUUAAAGCGCAGAGUCUGUUAUUUUAUGUGCUACCCUAUGUUAUUGUUUCCAUGAAUCUACUUUACUUUGUUUGUUUAUGACAAAGGUGUUAUGCCUUGCGGUCAUAACAAGUCUCUUGAUUAUUACUUCUACUAAAAGAUUCUUAGAGUUGCCAAUAUUCAUCAGUUAUUGGAGCCGAGAUUCUCACGAUCUCUCAGGAUGACUGUCUAAAAAACAAAUUAAUUCCAUGUUGUCGAGUGUCUGUUCUGUAAUGGAUCACAGAUGACGUUAAAAUGUUGUAAGAACAAAAAAAAUGACACACGAGGCGCAGCCGAGUAUGUUAGUGAUGUUCUCACCACAUUUUGACGUCUUUUGUGAUCUGUUACUUUGCAGAUCCACAGCAACAUGGAAUCCAUUUGUUUUAUAUGAUAAAAAAGCAAAAUAUUGCUAAUGGUGAAGUUAUAUAUGCGUCUGUCCUCUAAGUAAGAACCGAUCAAAACGCGCGCAUAAUUUAGCAUAUAUUGUAUGAUUAUAAUAUUGUGAGGCUUAUCCUGUGAAAUGGUUCAGCUAAUAAAUGGAUGUCUCUGAAAACGCUUUCGUCUUAUCACAAACGUAGGAAAAGGAAAAACUCUGAGUUUCCAUAAGGAAUCGAUUUUCAGAUCUUCGGAUUCAGUGCUUCUCCGCACAACCUCAGAGUUUCACGCACUCCGGUGUGACGAGUGACCGAGGGCACUAGAAGGUUAAUGUGAGGUUUUGCGUUCUAAGAUGGCGUGAUGGCAGAGCAAUGUACAAACACGAAAGCACACUUUUAAUUUUCGAUGACGAUAGGUCUCAAUUAAAAACAACUGCGCAGGUAUUGUUGCUUACGAAUACCACAGAAAAGCUUUGCAAGGUAAACAUUUUAUUUGUGGUCGCUUAUUAAAAAAAAUUGCAACUCGUUACCCCUAAUCAAACUCGCCCUAAUAUCUAGGGAAACUCAAGGUGGCACUUAAUUGGACACCGAAGAGGACUAGGUUGGAAACUUGAUGACGUGAAACCUGGAGGAAAUUCGAUUGGAUGAGUUUGAAAAUCUCAAACUUGUCAAAGAAAAGUAAACGUUACCUUACAUGUUUGAUGAAUCCACGAGUUGUUCUCAGUAAUUUAGUCUUCUACUCGUCUAUUACAGAUUUUAAUGAGUGCACAGUGCGGAACGGAAUGUGUCAACAACGCUGCAUCAAUGCUUUUGGAUCCUACAGGUAUCAUAAGUCUGUCAUUCUGAAUAAAAAAAAAAGCAGUGAGUAUAUAUUUUGUUCUAGAAAGACCAAGUUUAACUACACAGCAAAUGCAUUGUGAGCGUUGUCAUAUUUUUGGACAUUACCUCAUUUACUCUUUUCGGCCUUAAUUGGUCAGCCGAGUAUAUUAAAAUUACUAAACUUAUUUCGUAGGUGCGAAUGUGCAAAUGGUUACGUACGCGCGCUUGGGAAUCCACGACGAUGUGUAGACUUGGAUGAGUGUAAGAUGGUAAGGCACGUCAGAGGUUCCAAUUUUAUGCUGUGGUUUUAUGCUAGAAACAGUCAGCAAGUUUAAACUCAUUUCUCACAACUCACGAUGCUUGCUAUUGGUGAAUAAUUGAUACACUUUAUUUCAGGGCAUUUCUGGUUGUAGUCAAGGCUGUCAAAAUACUGUCGGCUCUUUUCGAUGUUUUUGUCGCCGAACAGGUUAUGUUUUAGAUUCAGAUCAAAGAUCUUGCAAAGGUGAGUUAUGUCGGUGGUGUGUCUUACAAUACAAAACGACUGUCAGUUUGAAAGAUCGAUUAAUUGAUAGAAUGAGUGAUUGACAUGUUAAGCUGACCGAAGGACUGACUGGAUGACAGACUGACCAAUUAAGUGAUUGACAGAUUUACUGACUGACUGACUGACUGGCUAAUACACUGACCAAUUAAGUGAAUGAUAGAUUAACUGAAUAACUGACUGAUUGGAUGACCUACUGUCUGGCUGACUGACCAACUUAGUGGCUGACUGACUGACAAUCUGACUGACUGACUGACUUGCUGGCAGACUGACUAACUAGGUGAAAAACGGAUUUACAGACUGACUGAUUGGCUGACUUACUGACUGUUUAACCUACCACCUGGCUGACCACAACUAAAUUACAGGCUGAUUAGCUGGCUCACAGGCUGAUUGACAAGCUUACCGACAAAUUGAAUUUUCAUGACUGACCGAUUGACAAGCUCACAUUCAAACUGAUUGACCGACUGACUGACUGACUUACUGAUUGAUUGACCAAACGACCAACUGACAAACUAAUUGACUGACUGACUAACUGACCGACUGACUACUAAAUGACUGGCUGGCGAAUGAACAGUCGGUCAGAAAGACUGAUCGCUUAACGGAGAAUAACGAUUGCCUUUUCAGCCAGACCAGACACAUAUAUAACAAAAUUCCCUUUUGAAUGAAGGAUUUUUUCUCAAAUUAACCCUUUUUCCUCUCUGCAGUGUCACAAAUUUUCACUGUGCUUCCAACUAAAAGUCCCGAAAUCAUUGAAGACACCAGCAUUGCGCAACGGAAAGACUUACAGGGAAUCCAAGGUACAGGCAUGAAAUCAAGAAUUUUGUACGGAACCUGAUUCUGAAAAAUUGAAAAAAACAUGGAUUUAACUCUGAACAUAUCAACCGAAACUUGAGCACAAGGAUCUUAGAGACACCAGCAGAUUACUGAAAGGAAAGGACAGCUAUAUCUGGUGUGCUUUAGCAUCAACAAAAAAAGUGAAACUGUUCCAGUGAAAACAACACUUAGAUUUUGGUUUGUGUACGCCAUAGUCUAAGUUUCCAAUCAUCUCUCCUUUGUUUUUCUCUUUCAGCCUGUCCUCCGGGGUACAUUGGUCCUGGCUGUCGUAUGACAUGUGACGACUGUCAAAAUGGUGCGCGGUGUGACAUUAGAAUUGGGCAAUGUCUUUGCUCUCCGGGUUGGACUGGAAUUUUAUGCAACGAUCGUGAGUAUGAAAUUAUAGAAACUUGAACGCAGCAGCCCAAUGUCUACAGCGCUUUAGUCGGGUUCAAAUAGUCUCGCUUCGAUCUCUAACCGGCAUCAUUUUCUUGUGUUCCCGGACAAGACAUUUUUCUCCGACAUUACCUUUCUCCGCCCGAUGGUAUGAAUGGGGGGUCAAUUGUUAAGGCGACCUGACGAAAAGCUGAAGGAUGAAAUGUAAUAAACCAGCACUAAAUUCAAGGGAAUAACAAUACUUUUAAUCACUUCCUGCCAAAGAAAUCGGAAUAAGCUUUAAAAUUACCGGUCAUCUGGAUACUAUGAAACACUUGAACAUUCCCAGUGGAAUUUUAAAAGGGUAUGAUGCCAUCAAAUGCUUGCAUUCUAGGAGGAUUAGAUACAAUUUCCCAUAAAGAAAAUUUGAUCGUAGUUUUUGCUGUCUUUUGGUGAGAUAAGCAUCGUAUGAAAGGGGGAUCAUUUCUGAAAAGUCAAAAUGAAACGGACACAAGUAGCUUGAGUAUAAUAUAUUUCUUCAUAGGCCUUGGGUAUUGUGCGGGAACUUCCCUCUUUGGGUUGCACGCUAAAACAAGGAAGUAGCUUUAAGUUAGGAGUUAAACUGAAACAACAAGUACCAUUAAGCUUGCGAACUGCCCCUCAUUAUUAGCAGGUGCGUUUCACCCACGCAGAAGUAUAAGGUUUGCGAGAGGCCUGUAAUGAUCCUAACACAUUAUUAGUGCCGGUCCCAGGUAAACCUCUACCCGACUCGUCUCAAAUUCUCCUGCCGGUGGAAAAGCGCGCGCCCUGUAACGUUAAAGAUGAGGGCCUGCUCGUUGGCUAAGCACUAUUUGGAAAUAUUUCAUCCUCCACACCAUUUGUAGGUGGUAUUCUUCUUCUCAUGAGAGAACGUGAAGGCAAUUCAGCUUUGCGCAUUAAACUUUACUUACAAUUUUUUAUCAUUAUCUCCUUGUGAUAGCAUGUCCGGGGGAAAGAUUUGGAAAGGACUGUAAAUUUAAGUGUUUGUGUAAAAAUGAUGCGAAGUGCAAUAAAGUGACUGGUGCAUGUUCUUGUCGACCAGGAUUCUUGGGAAACCUGUGUGAUGAAAGUAAGUUUCACGUGACCGCUUAGCGGGAAACUGUUUUACUAUGUCUGUAGAUAUCAUGUUGAGUAUUUAGUUAAAGUGUUGCUGAUGAUGACUUUAUGAAUGCAUGGUCAGAGCUAAGAUAAAAUUCUCGAACGUGAUCGGUUUAAAGCAGCCAGAUUUGAGCACAAGUAGAACACGCCAGUCGUGCUUGUGAAUAAACAUUGUGAUGAGACAGUAUACAUGCUGUGCAGUUGGACAGUAAGCGUCAUUUACGCGCCAUGAUAUGUUAGCUAUCGAGUUUAUAUUCUCGUGGAAAAAAGAGUCACAAGAAGCUACUAAGGACUCAGAGUAAAAUUAAACUGUAUGAAGCGCGGGAAAACGCGAAGGACCAGGUCGUGAUUUGCUUUAGCUUUGAGGAAGUAACGAGAGCUUUCAACUAUACAACACAGCAAAGCAAAACCGAAGCAAUUACGGGUUGAUUUUGAUACUUAAUUGAAAACUGCUCCAUGUAUUAGUUGUAUUACUUUUGCUUGGGGUUCGCGCCCUCCACAGAAAUCAAAAAUUUCCUUUGGCUCACAUUAUGUUUGUCUCAUUACAAAUCUUACCGUUUUCCCUUAUUAGUUUUGUAUUUUGAAUCUCCUCUUUCAUUGAUAGUAAUGAAGUGAAAUAUCUAACGUUCUCUAAACAUUUCACGCUAGCUUGUCCCACCGGUUUCUAUGGAGAAGGAUGUAAGCAGAAGUGCACAUGUGUUCACAUGGAACCUUGCCAUCCGGUAACUGGCACGUGUCAGUGUGACCCAGGAUACUUUGGGGCCCACUGCUCUAAAGGUAGAUGUCAUUCAAUAUAGUGUUGAAACUGAUUUUUGCCCGCUGGUUUUACUGUAAUAAUCUUCCCUAACAGGGUGCCCCUCAGGGUCCUUUGGAGCAGCGUGCAGAGAAAAAUGCAAGUGCCUGGCUGAUCAUACAGAAAGGUGCGACCCUAAGGAUGGAACAUGUGACUGUAAGCCUGGUUAUCUAGGCAAACACUGCUCAAACAGUAAGUUUUCGUUUAGUAACUUGUUACAAAGAGGGGUUAAACUGCGGGUAUUCUCUCGAUUUUUUUGGUAAAAAGAAAAACUUCAGGCGAAAGAGGACCCAUGGAUGACUCCUAAAGAAUAGCGGUGACUUUAUGCUCUGCCCGCUGGGUUCCAGAUCUAUUUCUUUGACGCUUCACCCCUGCAGUAGCUUUCUCCGCCCAAGCGUAAAAAUCGACAGAUUCAGCUGAAGUUUAUAAAUUAUUGUUGCCGACCAAUUCAGAUCAUGAAAUGAUUCACUUAGCAGGUUGUAAUUGUUCAGUUUUAUCCUAAUCCAGUGCACCAGGUUUUGUGUGCCAAGUUAUAGAAUUGUAACCUUCCAAAGGUAGAUGUAUCUUCCUACAAAGUUAAAUAAAUGGCAAGAAGGAAGUAAACACAUUCGCCUUAUCCAGUUAGUACAGGCUGACUGUCCCAGAAGAGAUAGGCUGGAGAGAGAUUUCGGAUGAUUUGCUCAGGAAGAGUAAUACUCUUAAUAGUGUUGCACACCACGGAAACCUGGUUAAUUUCUUGCGGGGAUGCAAUUUUUCGUUUUUCUUAUUCCAUUCAUUUUUAUCAUUACAUUACAUUUACUGAAAAUAUAUCAAAUACCAACUAACAGGCUCGCCAUUUAAAGUUCUUUAAUCUAUCAUUUGGAAAGCAUUAUUUUUCUCACGUUUUUCUUUUAAAUCCUAAUGAACUCUGAUAGAAUGUCCUGAUGGAACUUAUGGCAAAUACUGCUUAAGAAGAUGCAACUGCCCUGAAGUUGUGAGUUGCGAUCACGUGCACGGCAAGUGUGAUGUCACGUGUCCAGCGGGCCUGACUGGAUCAAAUUGUCAGAAAGGUAACGGAAGACUUCUUCCGUAAAAUUUCUGGUGGAUGCUGUAUUUAAAGUACGCAAUGAGUUGUUAUGAUAUUCAACAAGGAGUUGGCCUUGAAAAAUUAGUAUUUAGCUUGCGUAACAAACGCACAGAUGAACCGAAAAACCAUCGAAAAGUCAUGGAAACAAAACAGGAGAAAGCACCUUACGAGCGCAUCCCGCGCUAGCUCGCGCUCUCCACAGACUAUUUAGCUCCACGGGCGCGCGAUGGAUAUGAGUUGGUGAACAGUAAACGAAGCGCUUAGUGCCUAGUUGGCUAUUACCAAUCUAGUAUCCAACAAGUACGAAUGGAAUAAUUUGUCAUAAAUUUUUCAUUAAAUCCUAAACUUUUGGAUAGUUGGAGCCUUUUUGCAGCUACGACCAGUUGGCGUAAUACAUUUCCAUAUAAAGUGACACGGAAUAUGAGCUGACCACCGGAGUUAAGUGAACAAUCAAAACACUAAAUACUCUGGAGUUGAAAAUUUGAUCAUGCCUAUUAUUUUAUAUCUUGAUAACUAAAUGCAGUGAAAGAUAUUUAACCAUCAAAAGCUUUUAAGACAUCUUUUAGGUACAAGGUUUCACCGCACUGUAAUUACUGAAUAAAAGAUAAAAAUGACAUCGUGUCAGGAGUGGGAUUCGAACCCACGCCUCCAUUUGGAGACCAGAAUACUUUGCUACCAUCUUAAUGGUAAAGGGCUUUCUCCUUGAGUCUGGCGCCUUCGACCGCUCGGCCAUCCUGACAACGUGAUGUGGUACGUAAAAAAAUUCAGUAAGCAUUCAAAUCUACAUUGAAAUCUUACUGAAUAAAAAAUAAAAAUGACAUCGUGUCAGGAGUGGGAUUCGAACCCACGCCUCCAUUUGGAGACCAGAAUACUUUGCUACCAUCUUAAUGGUAAAGGGCUUUCUCCUUGAGUCUGGCGCCUUCGACCGCUCGGCCAUCCUGACAACGUGAUGUAGUACGUAAAGAAAUUCAGUAAACAUUCAAAUCUACAUUGUUAAAGUAAGCAUCGACAUUCGGAGAAGGAACAAAAAAGCUGCAUGGUAGCAUUCUUUAUGGUCAUGGAAUCCCUAUAGAAUUAGCAAUAUCAACUUAGGCAAAUAUGGAGGAGUCCACUGGACCCAAAAAUUACAAAAUCUAACGCUACCGUUUUUGUGCACAAAUGUUUAAGGUGUGCAAUUUAUCCAGAGGUCAACGUAGGCUAACAUAAGGUGCUAAUUGAAAACGCGUGUGAAAAAUUUGCUAGGUGUUCUCGGAAUUGCCAAUCCUUAUUUUGAUACCUGAAGGGAUUCAUUGUUAUCGUCAUCGACAUUUGCUGAAAUUUCAUGUAUCUUGAAGCGUUGUGUAGAGGAAUGUUCUAUGGUUUACCUCGCCCUCAUUAUUAGCCCUUCAGCAGAAGCGUUUCUUCGUCCGGGAAAAGAUAUGAGGCCCUAGGCUACGCCUACUAGCAAGAGAUUUGCUAGGAGUUUAGCACGACUAGACCCUCAACAAACCCCCCUUCCCCCUCCCUCCCUUCAACUCGUCUGAAAAUGAGGGACUGCUCGCAAAAUAUCAUGCAUAUCGACCUACUAAUGGUAUAAGACGAAGUCAUUUCGAAAUGUUCGUGAUUGUCGCGUAGUUCAUAUAGGUAGAGCACGUAUCAAUCUGUUGUUGUUGUGCUCCGUAAGUUAUCAGUAAAGCUGUGAGUUGCUGACUACACAUGCUGCUUGUACGACGACAGCUGAAAUGACAAACUGUUGGAAAAUAUAGUUUUUAUUCCCUUGUUCUCCUCUUUUCCUCAUGUAGUAUGCGCCCAAGGUACUUUUGGUCAUGGAUGCAGUCAGCGAUGUCAGUGCAGUGGUGGUGUGACAUGUGACCCCGUGACUGGUUCCUGCAUUUGUCCCAUGGGAAAAAUGGGAUCCAGGUGUGACGAAGGUGAAGAAAAGCCAGUCAUUUCUCUCCGUAGAGGUCUUGGAGUGUUACUGCCAUUUACAAAUAGUGAUCAUGAAAAUUUUCCUAAUCUGUCUCAGGAACUCAUCAGAGUUGUAAGCUUUGCCUGUUAUAAUAAUUAUCUAUUUUAGUAGAAUAUUGCCGAAAAAAAGUUGGAUCAAUGUCAGUUUCUGAGCAACUUCUCUAAUUCAACAUUAACCCUAGCUCGUCAUCAGUUAACUGUUAUUGGGUUAGGGGGCGGGUAGGCGUGCAGUUACUCAGAUAUUGACAUUGUCAGCGAUUAUGCUGUUUCUUUCCUUAACAGUAUGCCCCGAGGGCCGGUUCGGUUUUAACUGUGACCAAAUUUGCGACUGCGCAGAAGGAAUCAAGUGCGAUGCCAUGUCAGGAGCAUGCGUAUGUGCUGAGGGAAGAACCGGCAGGCGUUGCGACCGAUGUAAGUACGGUUUUUCAUCGACUGCUUUGGUCCAACGCUACUUACACCGUGUGUUUGAUCAUCUGACUUUGGGAGCUUCUCGCUUUGUAUCCGUGAAUAACCUUACUAAUAGUUUUUGCGUUUUCUAGUCUGUCCAGCGGGAACAUAUGGACGCAAGUGUCUCAACAAAUGCCAAUGCGCUGGUAGAUCCCGUUGUGAUCCAGUCAGCGGUGAAUGUAUCUGCCCUGCGGGAAGGAUUGGAACUAGGUGUGAGAAGGGUAAGUGAACUCCUGGGGAUUUUCUAGGGCCACUUUAAAAUAUCUGUGUCUUGCAAGCUAACUAAGCAUAAAAUUUUACUUGCCAUCAUGAAAUAUUUUGAUAGUUAACGGGUCUUUAAAUGUUUUCUAAAAUCUGCGUAAACUUCAUGCGUUCGUGCGAUUUUUUUCUGCAGUCUGUGAGCAAGGAACGUUUGGAAGAAAGUGUAGAAGUCGCUGUAACUGUGACCCUGGCUCUCGUUGCCAUCCGGUCAGCGGGAGGUGUAUUUGUCCAAAAGGGAAGACUGGGGAACAAAUGUGACACAGGUACAAACUGAUAUUUCAUAUGAUUCAUAUUGUUUCCAUUUGAGGUCAUGUCUGCCAUUUUGGUUGCGCAAAUCUUCUCGUUUGUUUUAAUGAACGUGGUCGGUUAUCACAAGUAGAAGCUGCAGGCUCAACUUUAUUCCUUAACAAAAGUGCUUUGAAUUUAGUUUGUCCAAAAGGUUCAUAUGGUAACAGGUGUGCUCAACAGUGUCGCUGUCUUGAGGAUGCACGAUGUGAUCCAGUGGAAGGGACCUGUAAAUGUCCUGCGGGAAGGACUGGGAAAUACUGCAAAGAGAGUACGUCUACUUGUUCAGUGCUGAGGCAAAUCUAAAAAUUGUCAUGUACGCCAUAAUUAAAAGCAAUCCAACAAUCAAACCCAAUUUUGGAUUGCCACGUCCUGAGGAAAUUCAUUAUGUUGUGAUUAUCAUUAAGUGUUGAAAGUGAUCUAGGAUCUUGCUGGUGUUUUUAUUCACACGAUCUGUAAGUAGUCGCGAAAACUUGCGCUACCUUAAAAAUGAAGCAAUUGCACCUUGUUCCCUCGUGUUUGCCUCCCCAACUCCCCUCGAGGAGCUUGAUUUUUUUCUUCUUUGAGUCAUAAUAUUUCUCUGGCGACAGCUUCCUUUCUUCUGACAGCCGAUGUAAUUCUUUUGUUUUGGUUUUGUUUACAUUCAGUUUUAAUUCGUUUCGAGCAUGCUUAUAAACAAACAACCGCAACCAAAAUUAACAGCCAGGAUUCUCUUUAUCUCUGUAGUGUGCCCUCAAGACACCUACGGAACCGAUUGUAGUCAGCGGUGCGAUUGCAUCAACAGCUCAUGUGCUCCUGAUACCGGAGAAUGCCAGUGUCCGGCUGGAACAACGGGACCGAGAUGUGAUGAAGGUUAGCUCCAUGAUUUCAUUAUCAUUGGAAAAGGAUCUCAUUAAUGGUUGUCUAUUCAUUAUUUUCGUAGCUUGCCCCCAAGGUUACUUUGGACAGAAUUGCAGUCAGUCGUGUGGUUGUCAUGGAAACUCGUCAUGCGAUCCUGUGACUGGCAGGUGUCAUUGUAGAUGCGAGCACAACGCAACCUGUGAUAACGUAACGGGAUCUUGUGUCUGCGCACCUGGUUGGAUCGGCGAGACAUGUGAGAAAAGUAAACACUUUAUCUAGACUACCUCAGUAAUGCCACUUACGGUGCCUCACUGAAUUCAAUCAAGAAUGCUUUUGCGCUAUGUUGGUUUACCUGUGCAAACAUUUUAAGGCUUUCUCGCUAUAAACACUCGUCGUUCGCAGGCCAUACAUCUGAAUGAAAUAGUUCAAGCAAAAGUGAGGAUUAAAUUGUUUUCAGGGGGAAAGGAGUGGGGAUUAGUCGUCGCUGAUAGAGUAUAAAGUGGGGAAUAGAGAAUAUUGAUUGCCAAUAACCUGCCAUUGACGAGAGAUUAUAAGAAUAUUGCAGAGACUUGUUGAGGGAUAAGAUAAAUUUAAUCGAGACAUAGCCAAAACCUUCGACCCCACCCCACCCCUUAACCCUAACCCAAACCCAAGGGGACCCCCUCCAGGCGAUUAUAAAUAAAACAAAUUAGAAGCAAUGAGAAAACAAAACAAGCAUUUUAAUGUUUUUAAAAUCAAAUGGCUUGAAAAUGAGUUUUUUCCCUUUUUUUCAAUAAACAGGAUGUCCUGAAGGAUUUUAUGGAGUGAACUGUAGCAAUUCAUGUUCUUGUCCUGCAAAAGCCUCAUGCGAUCAUGUGACCGGAAGUUGUAUUUGUCAGGCUGGCCGGUUUGGAAAGGAGUGCGAUAAAGGUAAGAAUCAGAGCAUAUGGGGGAGUGGGUAAGGAUACGUCUGAGCCCCAGUCUUCCUCUCAGCUUUAGAAGGAGAAAGUAGUAGGUUACGAUUACAAAGGAGCUUCGGUAAGACCCCCUUCCCACCAUGGUGAUUCAGCUGAAAAGCAUCGACGCCCAUCUGGAACAUUCGCGACUCACGCCCGAAACCAUAGCGCGAAACCAUAGCAACACCAUACUGAAUAAGCGGAAUUUUUUAAAGUUUAAAGGCGGCGCGGUUCUUCUCUAGAUUAGAUGCAGGGGAAGAGGUUAAGUUUAAAACUUUUCUCACAGACUGCCGUUCAACAAAGGCACGAGAAAUCUUUGCACACCAUUUUUUAUUCUUGCACACUGACUGAACUUUUGCUGCAAACUGUUGUACUUCGGUGGCGAAAUACAAUUUUUUUGUAGUAGAGAUACAGUAGCUCGAUAUGUGCUGAGCGGUCCUCGGCGAAACUUUUUGGAGUCGAUCCCGAACUAAAUCAAAAAUUGAACGAUUGGUCACAUUAUUAAAACCUUCGAUGUACCUGUCCAGUCGUUCGUAAAAAAGUUUCUCUCCUUAUUUUUGGUUACCAUUUCGUUCCUUUAAAGGUUGUCUGAAGGGUUUCUUCGGCGAAAAUUGCAACGGAAAAUGUAAUUGCACCGGAUAUGAAAGGUGCGACGCUGUGACAGGCGAAUGUAAACGAGGUAUGUAUGAAAUAAAAAUACUUGAGCUCGGCUAAAGGGUCUGUGCUCGACCCCUGCUGGUCAUCAUGCUGUGUUCUUUGGCAAGACCCUUUCCUUUCACAGUGCAUAUCCCCACUACUCUAAAUCAAGGGGGGGGGAGGAAGGGGGCUGAUCAUAAAUGGGUACAGGCAAAUUGCUGGGAACCCAUAUGAAACGCUGGGGCGAUCUGCGGUGUGCUGGCAUCACUUCCAGUGGGAGGGGGGGAGUUGCAAUACUCCUUAUCAUUCUACACGACUGAAAUUGAGUCAGGCUCAAGGUGGAGAGGCCACAUACCACGCAGCCGACUUUACCUCAGCCCCCUGACCUGCCUUAAGCGUUAAUGUACGAAGGAUUUUUGAAACUCUUUAAAAAUACUCCUGAAGAAUUUUCUCGGUAAUUUUCCCAAACAGUUUGUCCUUCUGGUAGACACGGUGCUGACUGCUCGCUUAGAUGCAGUUGCCCUCCUUCAGUGAUGUGUGAUCCAUACACAGCAGAAUGUUUAUGUGAACCUGGAAGUCACGGAAAAACAUGCCGAAAGUGUACGUAUGGUGCAUGAUAUUAAUUAAGAGUGCAAAACAUUUAGUAACCAAGCGUAGAAACAGCACCGGUCUCCGGCAUGUUGUUGUGGUUUACGUAAAAAUUACCAGCACCAUAUAAUGACCUAUUCAAACGAACCGCCCAGAACGACCGACUUACUGAUAGUCACAACCGACUUACAUUACUUGAGUCUUAAACCAAAACGUCAUAAAUAAACUGACCAAUCAGUCUACAAGAGCCGGACUUCCGCUCAGGCUAUCGAAACGUUAGUCACUGUUACCAACAAUAUUCCACCUCUGGAUUACCCUCAGCCGGAAGAUUAGACUUCACAGUCAAAUGUGACCCCCGAAUUCAUUUACUAUAUUACAGUAUUACCUAAAUGAUGCCCUAUUUUAGCUAACUCCUAACAAUAACGCCAAUAGCAACUGCUACAUGGAGAUAAGAUUUUGUUAUAAUAUUAGCCUGUCGCAGGGGUACAUAUGGCCGCAACUGCAAGUUUAACUGCACUUGCUCAGAGAAUUCCGAGUGCGACCCUCAGACUGGGAAGUGCCGAUGUGACGCAGGCUGGAUAGGAAGUCAGUGUGAACACGGUAAAGUUUAGCAAAAUGUCUUAAAAUUCUCAUUUGAGUUCCAUUUCUAACGCUGAAGGACUAUAGGGACGAGGACGAGAAGAGAGAAUUGACCCUUCCCAUUUUCCUUACACGCACCUCUCGCGCGCUUCCCUCGUUGAUUUUUGAAACACUAGAGAGACGAGUGGGGUCGAGUCAAGGUUCAAAGGUGAAAAGCAAGGUGUAUAUCUACAACAGCGUGUGAUGCUUCACUGACUACUUGUAUAAGAUUUAAGAUCAUUCCCUCUACAAGAACAACGAGAGCAAGAUCAGAAUAUAAAAACAAAUGGGACAAAGUACUAAUGAUGUUUCUGCAGUUUUCCGGAACUGAGUUGUAUUUCCACUCAACCUGAUGCUUUCAGUAGCAUUGUUUAGACAUACUUUUAGUUGUCCUUAACGAUAGGUGAUCUUUGCAUCCAUGAUAACUGUUUUUCUUUAUUUUCUUUCAUAAGUUUGUCCAUCGGGAACGUUCGGCCCUGGUUGCCGGCAGAAAUGUUCUUGCUACAACGGUGUCUGUGAUCACGUGAACGGAAAAUGCCAUUGUCAUCCGGGAUACCAAGGAGUGAAUUGCGAGAAAGGUAUGGGAAAAUUAUUUAUUUGUCGUAUGUCGUCAGUAAGAUUAUUGGACUUCACAUCAGAAAAUGGUAGCCUCUUGAAAAAUGCUUUUUAUUUGAUCGGAAGUUGAAAGUAGUCUGGGAUAGCGUUGCUUUUGUUUAGCUUCGCUCUAUAAUUGGUCUAAAAAGCUGACACCGCUCUCAACCAAUCAGAUGUAAAACCUAAAUUAGUCGUCACUUGGUCACUCGCGUUUUCCCGCCCUUCACGCUGAUCACGUAUUUCAAUUAUCAUCGGCUACAUCGGCAAUUUAUCUUCAUUCUGAUUGGCUGAUGUGACGUAGUGUUUUACGACAUCCGAUUAAAAAGCUCAGACUUAGGUACCUGUUUUUUUUUAUUAGUGUGCCGCCGUGGUUUCUUUGGACAAGAUUGUCAGUUUGAGUGUACGUGCCAGAAUGAUGCCAUCUGUGACAACGUAAAUGGUAAAUGUCAUUGUGGAUUGGGAUGGACUGGGACCAACUGCGAAAAAGGUUAGAAAUGCUAGCAUUUUAAAAUCAUCUCUUCAGCGACUGGCCUGCUGAAUUGAGCUUAAAACACAUUCUGAAAAACUGGUCAUUUUGUUGGUUCUUAAUAAACCCGUAAAUACUAAUAUGCAAUAUGUCGCUGGAUCCCAACCUCUAUCGCAGGGAUUUUCUCUGUUCCUCUCGAGAGUGUUGGAAACUGUACGAUACUUUAACCAUUCUUAAUUUGAUUGACAUUGAUAAGUGAUUUCGUUUAUAUCUACAUAACCGAACAAACAUAUGUGCGGCACGUGUUUUAUCACCCCAUAUAUGGCACUGUUCCACGUGCUUACAACGGGACGUUUAGAGUGUGUAUCUUUGGAAUAAACCGAGAGUUGUGAGUGGGAGUUAACCAAAGCGUUGUAGUAAAAUCUUGAAAACAACUGAAUAAAUCGUGAGUUAAUAAGGAAGCGUGGUACAGCUUUUCCACGUUUUCGACAAGAAAAAGAACCCUGGGAACGAAGAUUAGCGUAAUGUGUUAAAGAAGUAUAAUGUAACAAAUUUACGAUAAAACAGUGUGCAGUGACUGACAAUUUGGAAAGAACGUUAUCCUCUUUUCUUGGCUCGGUGUUUGUUGUCUCAAACAUCCGGCCAAGCUUUAGAAUGGGCAUUUUGUUUUAUACCUUUCGUAAAUGCAACGUUAUUGAGCUUUCAACUUGUCGCCCAACACUGUUGCAAGACCCUUUAACUCAAUUAAUGGUAUAUCACCCUACGAGCCCUGCUUCUUGAUUGUGUCUUCACAGAAUGCUCUUCUAGGAAUUAUGGUCUGAACUGUGAACAAAGAUGUAAGUGUAGAAACAGAGGAAGAUGUGAUAAGAUCACUGGCUGUUGUCUUUGCCCUCCAGGGUGGUAUGGGGACAGAUGUCAAUAUCGUGAGUGGAAACUUUUACGUUAUUGAGCUUCAAUUUUCCAUUUAUUGUUUGAGUAGUUUUAACUAUCGUGUUUGUUGUUGUCUUCGCGUUUUUUUUUAUUUUUUAAUUCACAUUAGGUUGCCCUCCUGACCGAUAUGGCGCAUACUGUACUAAACACUGCACAUGUAUGAAUGGUGGGUCAUGUGAUCCAAGAACGGGACAAUGCUUCUGUGCUCCGGGGUGGUCUGGGAGAGACUGCACCAAACGUAUGUAUUUUCCCCACCCCCACCCCCUUUGCAACUUGUCUUUGGUGGAUCAAAAUUUGUCUUCUCAGUCUUAGGUGCGAUUUUCAUCGGAGUGACGAUAGCGACCUGUGAUGUCAUUGGUUUUUUUCUACUUCGCUGGCUGGUAAACUCAUACCACCCUUUCGAUCGAUCAGAUGUAAAAUUAAAACCAACCGUUUGUUGGUCACUCACGUUUUCCAGCGCUCCAGAUCUUUUGCUCGUUUUCGUUCUGAUUUCUCAUUGGCUCCUUAGGUAUUUACAUUUGUUCUUACUUGUCGUUGCGAAUGUAUUUUGGCUGAGCUUUAUCGAUCAAAAAUUGCAAUCGAAACUCACAACGUAUCGUGGAUAAUCUGAUUUCAAUCAGUUUACGAUGUCCGUUUUGUUUAUUUUUCUGACAGGAUGUCCGGUGGGGCGAUAUGGCUUUGAAUGUUUGCUCCUUUGCUCAUGCGCUAACUCAUCUUUUUGUGAUGCUGCUACUGGACAGUGCAAGUGUCCGAGCGGGCGGACUGGUAGCGAUUGUGAUCAGGGUAGGUUCUUCGGUAUAUCAUGACUGAAUUGCAAUUCCUUUUGCAGCUGCGCAUUAACUAUCAUCAUUAUCUCCUCACCAUUUACAUCCUGACACGAGUUUGCAUAUGGGGUGAUAUUUUAAGGAGAAAUUACAUGGUAGGGGUCAAAGUGUUAUUUGCUGUCAGCUCUAUUCAAACAUGUGGGAGUCUAUUGUUGUUAGAUUUUGUGUAGGGGAAGUAACCUUUUUUUCCCUUCUAUGCUCAGAUAUGUAUAUAGAUUGUUUCCACGACUGAAGUUGUGCUGUGUGAAAACAUUUUUCGCUUUUCCUAAGCUAAUUUUGUUUGUUUUAGAUGCUAAAAUCACUCUAGUUUCAAUGUAGUUAUUCUGUAAUUCAUGUUUGUCUAUCAGUCUUCCAACCUGUCUAUCUGGCGGUCUAUCUGUCUAUUAGCUUGUUCUACGACACUAUUUUUUAAGAAGCACUUUUGUUGUAUGAUUCAAAUAAUUGAAAAUGCCAUACAAGUUCGGAAAUUUUGUUUUGAUCGACUAAUAAUCCCCCAAUUGACAUUUUUCUUUAUUCUUAUAACUUGUCUGAUUAAUAUCGAACUAUAUUAUGAGAGAAAGUCUGUCUUGGUCACUCAUGGGAGUUACAGGGUUUUAAGUUACACUAAACCGAUCCGUUUGGGUCAAAACCAAAUCGCAAUCCAAGGUUAAUUAAAAAAAUUCUCAUCGCUUUCAUAUUCCGAGAUUGUUACGUAGAGCCGUCAUCGAUAACUUAAAUUGAAUUCAGUUUGUAGAGGGAAGUAUGGUCCCGGUUGUUUAUUGGGCUGCUCCUGUGGCCAGGGAGGCCUGUGUGAUCCGCUGACCGGAAAAUGCAAAUGCCGUCCUGGAUGGACUGGACCCGAGUGCAGACAAGGUAUUUUCGACCAGUUCUCUCUGGCUCAUGCAGUUUAUUCAAAGACAUAAAAAUGAUUUUAGUCACUGCAUCAUUGACGAUAACCUGUGACUUCUCAUAAAUGGCUGAUAGCUAACACUGCCUGCCUUCGCUGAUUAAAUUCAAGGCUUGUUAGUUAAUUUCCCGAGAUUCAGCAAACUAAAAGGAGGAGAUUUUAUCAUUCCACGACAUUUUGUCUCGCUCUUUCUGACAAAGUUUCCUCAUUAUUUUUUUUUGCAGAAACUCCCAUAGAAAAGGCACCUUUUAGCGACGAUCACUUGUUUACAAUCAACCUGCUUUGAGUCACAAGAACAAUGUGUGAGAAAAACUAGGUACUUUCACACAAACAAGCGACUGAAGAGACCAUUACAUAUGAGCGACGAAUGCACUUAAACGCGACAACGCUUACGAUAUUUACAAUCGUACUGUACUUCUUUGCUUGCUGACACACUGCUGUAUAGUAUCGAGAAUAUCUAAAGUGGCGAAACUAAGAAAGAUGCUAAAAUCACCAUGGGUUUUUAUUGGCCGCAGACCACUGGCAACUUUUCAGUACUUUGACAAAUUGUUCUGGAGAUGAUGCCUGCUGACACACAUACAUCAUUUAUUUAUUUUUCCUGUGGUUAGCGUUAUAGUUGUCACCUUACCUUUUCGACAGAGGUUUGACGAUCCUUGGUCUUCACUGUAGACUUCAAGUAGUCCCAGCUUACGCAGUCAAGCGGGGAAAUGAGCCUGGCAUGAAAAAUCACGGGUAUUAUUUUCGCUCAGCGGUUAUGCGCACUGUUGUCCUCUAUCACUUACUGACCGAAGACAAAGCUUAGAAUGAGUACGCCCUUGUAGAUACUCGCUUCAGCAUGUGCGUUUCUUUGCCUGCGGGAACUUAUAAGGCCUUGGGCACGCGAGCUGGCAAGACGUCUGCGUGGGAUCUAGCACUAGUGCCGGUAAACCUCUCCCAAACUCGUCUAAGAUCUUCCAACGGGCGGAGAAAUGUGCGUCACGCUGCGCUACUGAUGAGGACCUACUCGCAAGCUAUCAAGGAGGAACUUCUUGUAAUCAAAUUAUUUUAGAACCUCUUUAUUUCAAUAAUCUUCAAGUAUGUUCAUGAUCAUCUUAUCAUUUUACCAAGAACCGGAUAUAUAUUAGAUGUUUUUGAAGGUGUUUCUGAAGGUAAUUUCCAUUUCCUCUUUUUACAAUCAGCUUAGCAUUUCACGCUUUCAUGUGUAAGUAAUAUUUUUUAAGAAAUGAAUGAAUGUUGCUUUUGAAAAAUUAACGAGUGAAUUUCUCACGAUGCUUUCAUGAAACGAUCCUCCAGUAAAAAUUAGCUCAAUUUUCAAUGAAGAUCAUAUAGCAUUUCCUGUUCUUAAUUUGUACAAUACAAGCGGUACGUCCUUUCGGCGAAGUCCGUCAUGCUAGUCGAAACAAAAAAAAUCAGCGAUUAAAAAAAUUGAUGUUAGCGCGCCGCGCAGAACUCGGAGAGUGCUACUUUUAGUG